AUGAUCUCACAGGUCUUCAUUUUAUCCUCCAAAGGCGACCGCCUGGUCUACAAAGACUUCCGAGGAGACGUCGGAAGUGACGCGGUUGGACUUUUUUACGACAAAGUGACGGCGCCGACGGGAGACCGGCUUCCCGUCGUCACGACGUACAAGGAUGUCCACUUUGUGCACGUGUGGCAAGGAGGACUGUACUUGGUCGCCACCACCACCACGGCGGACUCCCCACCUUUCGCCAUCAUUGAAUUCCUCAACAGGUUGGCGGCCCUCAUCAACGAUUACUGCGGCUCUCUGUCGGAGAAGACGGUUCAGAUGAACUUUGCGCUCAUCUACGAGCUUCUGGACGAGAUGUUGGAUUUCGGCUACGUGCAGUCCACGUCCUGCGACGUCUUGAAGAACUUCAUCCAGACGGAGGCGCUGUCGUCGCGUCCCUUCAGCCUCUUCGACCUCGCCAACGUGGGGCUGUUCGGAGCCGACACGCAGCAGAGCAAAGUGGCACCUGGUUCCGCGGCCGCCAGGCCCAUGCAGGGAGGGAAAAGCGAGAUCUUUGUGGACGUCGUGGAGAGGAUGUCGGUGGUCAUGGGCGCCAACGGUGUCCUGAUGAAGGCGGAGGUGGAGGGCGAGGUCAAGGUCAAGUGCUUCCUGCCCAGCUGUUCGGAGAUCCGCGUGGGACUCAACGAGGACUUGAGCAUCGGCACCUCGCCGCUCAGAGGUUACGGGGCGGCGGUCCGCGUAGACGAGUGCCACUUUCACCCGGCGGUCCGGCUGGACGACUUCGACGCUCACCGCGUCCUGCGAUUCGGUCCCGGCCAGGGCGAGCAAAGCGUCAUGACGUACCGGCUGGCCGACCACCUGCCCCUGGCCCCGCCCUUCCGACUGUUUCCCGCCAUCGAGAAGGACAACGCGGGAAGGCUGCUCAUGUUCUUCAAGCUCCGCUGUGACCUGCCGCCCAAAAGCGCGGCGGUCGACGUCAGCGCCACCGUCCGUGUCCCCAAAGGUUGCGUCAGUUUGUCGCAAGAGCUCAGCAGUCCCGAUCAGAGCGCAGAGCUGCGGCCGCAACAUCGCGCUGUGGUCUGGAACAUCGCGCGCUUCCCCGGCGGAACGCAACUCUCCGCCCUCUUCAAGGUGCUCAAAAUCCCGCUUCCGGGGGUGGUCAGUUCUCCGUUUGACGCGCUUUCUUUCUACCCUCAGCUGGACGUUCCCGCGCUAAGCUCGGCUUCCAUGAUGGAGGUGGGUCCGGUGGAUUUGACCUUCGAGCUGCCCAAGGUCACGGCCAGCGGCCUCCGCGUACGCUUUCUGCGCCUGGCGCCCGCGCAGCACCGCGGCCCCGCCCAACGCUGGGUGCGUUACGUCACGCGCUCGGACUCGUACGCCAUCCGCAUCUGA